CAAGGAGGCCGACGUGGAGCUCGCCGUCGACAUGGCGGUGGCUAAGUACGGCCGCAUCGACGUCGUUUUUAACAACGCCGGCGUGCUCGAUGGCUGCCGCGGCUUCGCCGUCGCGGAGGCCGACGACUUCGACCGCGUUAUGGCAGUCAACGCUCGGGGCGUGUUCCUAGGCACCAAGCACGCCGCACGCGCCAUGAUGGCGUCGGGCGUGCGGGGCAGCAUCAUCAACAACGGCAGCGUGGCGACGGUGGUGGCCGGCGUGGCGUCGCACGCCUACGUGGCGUCGAAGCACGCGGUGCUGGGGCUGACGCGGAGCGCCGCGGCGGAGCUCGGCCAGCACGGCAUCCGCGUCAACUGCGUGUCGCCCUUCGCCUACGCCACGUCGUUGGCUUGCGACUUCAUUCACAUGGACCAGAAACAGGUCGAGGAGUCCGUCGGUGCAAUCAGCAACCUCAAGGGAGCGGUGCUGAGGGCGGAUGACGUGGCGCGCGCCUCCGUCUACCUGGCCAGUGACGAGUCAUGCUACGUCAGCGGACAGAACAUUAUCAUCGACGGCGGAUUUACCGCCGUCAACCACGCCUUUGGCCUCUUCAAGAACUGAGCGAUAUGUCACUCGGAUCCAGCUGGAUUUACCUUAAAUUAGUAUAAAUAAUAAAUGUCGGUCCGAAAAAUAAUUAUGUACUAUUUCAAUAAAUAAUAAUAAUAAUAAUUACGUA